UUACUGUAUUUUUAGUCAAAUAAAGUUUUGGAACAUCUGAUAGAUCAAUAUACUUAGCAGCUUUAACAUAUAAAUAGGAUAUAAGGAUAUUGUUGAUUAGUAAGAUGGCCUGAUUCACUAAUUUCGAAGCUAUAAUAAGCUUUAUAUUAUUUCUUCCAAAGUCAAUUUUUUCUCAUGAUCUUGGAAUGCUACAUUAUCUAUAAAGAAAUUCAACAAAACCCCACAUAUAAUUUGGUGGUUCAUCAAUUAUUUUGGUAAAUCUUAACUUUUGAAGGCCUAAAAUGAUUCUCCAUGCUAAAGUAGCUUGGUCUUUUCUCAUUUGCAUUAGUUUGGGUAUAUUGGAUGAUGUGCAGUUGAAGUAAUUAUUUACUUAAUUGGGAACUUCCUGUACUAGGGUCGUUUUAAGUACCAACCAGGCCAAGUGAGGGCUUUUGGGAUGCUUGCUGGAGGGUCUGGCAUUACUCCAAUGUUCCAGGUUACCAGAGCUAUUCUUGAAAACCCAAAUGACAAAACAAAGGUGCAUCUGAUUUAUGCUAAUGUGACCUACGAGGACAUUCUUUUAAAGGAACAAUUGGAUAGUCUUGCUACUAACUACUCUGAUUGUUUCAAAAUUUACUAUGUACUGAAUCAGCCUCCUGAAGUAUGGAAUGAAGGAGUUGGGUUUGUAUCCAAGGAAAUGAUUCAAACUCACUGCCCUGCACCAGCAGCUGAUAUUCAGAUACUGAGAUGUGGCCCCCCUCCAAUGAACAAGGCCAUGGCUGCUCAUCUUGAAGCUCUUGGAUAUGCCCCCGAGAUGCAAUUCCAAUUUUAGUGUCGCAUGAGUUCUCGACCCUUUUAGACAAUAUUUUCUUCCAUUCUCAGGGAAAAAUAUGUAGUAUUUUGAUAUGCAUGAUGUAAUGUGAGGCAAAUUGCAAUGGAAUUUUCUUGAAAAAAGGUUUUAACUUCUUACUAUUUAAUAAUAGAUUUCCCCUGAGCUUACCCGCUUA